AAGAGGCGGAGGAGGAGAAUAGAAGCCAGGGGCAGAAGCAGAGGGAGGGGGCGCUGUUGCCUAGGCGACGGCUCGGAGCGGCCCGGGCUGUACCACUGUGCAAGGGCUGCGGGGGGGGAGAGCGGCGCAGUGGAGGCCUCCGCUGCUGCAGAGAGGUACGGCCCCGGCCUGGCUGCCUCCCCCGCCUCGAACUGGGCCUUGCCUUCUCCCGCGCGGCAGUCAGCGAGCGAGAAAGGACGAGCGAGAGAAGGAAGGAAGCAAGGGAAGCAGGCAGGAAGGAAGGAGCGUCGGGGCGCCUGCUGGGCCUAGGAGGGAGGCGGAUCCACCGCCGCGGCAGGAUCUUUCUUUCUCUCUUCCCUCGCCGAGCGUUGGCUAAGGGAGACAAAGGCGGCGUCGGCGGCGCUGAGGAAGCGAGGCCUCGCGAUGCGUCGCGGCGGCGGCUGAGGCAAGGCGAGGCGGCCUGGCGUGGUAAUCGAGGCCUGGUCUUGGCGCAGAGCAAGGCCGCGGCGGCAGGGAAAAGCGGGAGGAUGUGAGGCCUGGGGCCUGAAGCGGCGAAGGGCCCCGUGCUGCUCCUCAUAGAAUCCUAGAAGCAUUGGAAGAGACCUUGUGGGCCAUCCAGUCCAGUCCCCUUCUGCCAAGAAGCAGGAAAAUCGCAUUCAAAGCACCCCCGACAGAUGGCCCCCCACCCUCUGCAUAAAAGCCUCCAAAGGAGCCUCCACCACACUCCGAGGCAGAGAGUUCCACUGCUGAACAGCUCUCUCUCUCACAGUGAGGAAGUUCAUCCUGAUGUUCAGGUGGGAUCUCCUUUCUUGUAGUGUGAAGCCGUUGUUCCGCGUCCUAGUCUCCAGGACAGCAGAAAACAAGCUUCCUCCUCCUGCUCCGCAGCCGGGGAUGGAGGCACACGUCGCGUGCCUGUUCCCGGAGCUGCUGGCCAUGAUCUUCAGCUACCUGGAGGUGCGAGACAAGGGCCGUGCGGCGCAGGUGUGCGUGGCGUGGCGGGACGCGGCCUACCACCGCUCGGUGUGGCGCGGUGUGGAGGCCAAGCUGCACCUGCGACGGGCCAACCCCUCGCUCUUCCCCAGCCUGGCGGCGCGUGGUAUCCGGCGCGUGCAGAUCCUCUCGCUGCGCCGCUCACUCAGCUAUGUGAUCCAGGGCAUGGCCGAGAUCGAGAGCCUCAACCUCAGUGGAUGCUACAACCUCACCGACAACGGGCUGGGGCACGCCUUCGUGGCGGAGAUCAGCUCUCUGCGGGCGCUCAACCUCAGCCUCUGCAAGCAGAUCACCGACAGCAGCCUGGGCCGCAUCGCACAGUACCUGAAGGGUCUGGAGGCGCUGGAGUUGGGCGGCUGCAGCAACAUCACCAACACGGGCCUGCUGCUGGUGGCCUGGGGCCUCCCGCGCCUCAAGAGCCUCAACUUGCGCUCCUGCCGACAUCUCUCCGACGUGGGCAUCGGUCACCUCGCUGGCAUGACGCGCUCUGCCGCUGAGGGUUGCCUGGGCCUGGAGCAGCUCACCCUGCAAGACUGCCAGAAGCUCAGCGACCUCUCGCUCAAGCACCUUUCCCGCGGCUUGUCCCGUCUUCGCCAGCUCAACCUCAGCUUCUGUGGUGGGAUCUCGGAUGCCGGACUGCUGCACCUGUCGCACAUGAGCUGCUUGCGGGUGCUCAACCUGCGCUCCUGUGAUAACAUCAGCGACACGGGCAUCAUGCAUCUGGCCACGGGAAGCCUGCGCCUUUCCGGCCUGGACGUCUCCUUCUGUGACAAGGUGGGCGACCAGAGCCUGGCCUACAUCGCCCAGGGCCUGGACGGCUUGCGCUCGCUCUCACUCUGCUCCUGCCACAUCAGUGAUGAGGGCAUCAACCGCAUGGUGCGCCAGAUGCACGGCCUGCGCACCCUCAACAUUGGGCAGUGCGUCCGCAUCACUGACAAGGGCCUGGAGCUUAUUGCUGAGCACCUCAGCCAGCUCACUGGCAUCGACCUCUACGGAUGCACCCGCAUCACCAAGCGGGGCCUGGAGCGCAUCACCCAGCUGCCCUGCCUCAAGGUGCUUAACUUGGGACUCUGGCAAAUGACGGAGAGUGAGAAGGUCAGGUGAGAGGAGGGGAGAGGUGGAGGCACCCCUCCAGAGGGACCUGCCAAAUGAGACUGCUGCAGCAGAAGGAAGAGCCAGAGCAAGGAAGGAGGAUGUGCCUCCAGAUACUAGAGCAGGCUUGGGCCCUCCAGGUGUUUUGGACUUAAACUCUCACCAUUCCUAACAGCCUCAGGCCCUUUCCUUUUUCCCCUCAGCAGCUCAGGGGGGAAAUGAAGGGGCUUGAGGCUGUUAGGAAUGGUGGGAAAUCCAAAACACCCGGAGGGCCCAAGUUUGCCCAUGCCUGUACUAGAGGGAGGACAAGAGGGAUGGAGGGAAGGGAGAGCAUCCCCAAUGCUUGCUUGCCUGCCUGUUCUAUCGGUGGAGGGAAGGGGAAACCCACUCCCUCUCUUGCACUGGAGGGAGAUGACUGCACUGCCUUCACUGUGGAUGGAUAGAGUCUUACUGUCCUUACCCUUUCUAUUGGGAAUGCAGCUUCUCAAUCUUAUGCACUGGGGAUGGUACACAACCCCUUUCUUCGAGUCCAAUUCCACCCCAUUCUGCACUAGGAAGGGUGCAGAUGAAAGGAGAAGGGAAAAAAAAACUAGCCCGCUCUUAUUCUCUCUCUCACACACAACCAUGCAGUCUCUUUUUUUUCCCCUUUCUUGAGAAAACUUUGAUUUUGAGUCCUUUCCCCAUUAUGCUUGUCAUCUAGUUCCCAUAAUUGCUAUUGUAGUCAGCCAUCCCUUUGUGUUGUUGAAGGCUUUCAUGGCCGGAAUCACUGGAUUGCUAUGAGUUUUCCUGGCCGUAUGGCCAUGUUCCAGAAGCAUUUUCUCUUGAUGUUUCGCCCACAUCUAUGGAAAGCAUUCUCAGAGGUUACCUGCCAUAGAUGUGAUCAAAACAUCAGGAGAGAAUGUUUUUGGAACAUGGCCAUACGGCCCGGAAAACUCACAGCAACCUAGCCAUCCCUUUCUUUGCAUAGCAUGUAGACAACCUGUAGAUAUAGGAAUAUAGGAAGUUGCCGCCUACCGAGUCAGAGUCAAACCAUUAGCCCUUCUAGCUCUACAUAGAAUGGCACGAGCUCUCACAAGGGGUACCCCCUCCCAUUCUGUCACCCUACCUCUCUUCUGACCCAGAAUACCCCACCAUCUGUCCUCUACCUUCCCUUUUCCUGUGCUUGCAGCCAUGCAGGUGGUUCUUUUUUUUUUAGCAGCAAUGUAACUGAGGCCCCUUCCACAUAGCUGAAUAAAAUCCCACAUUAUUUGCUUUGAACAUACAGUAUAUGGCAGUGUGGACUCAGAUAAUCCAGUUCAAGGCAGAUAUUGUGGGUUAUUCUGCCUUAAUAUUCUGGGUUAUAUGGUUUUGUAGAAGGGCCCUGAGUGCACUCAUUCUGCUCACUGCUGCUUGGGGAGAGGGCUCAUUAAAUCAUAGUAUUUCUCUUCAGACUCAUUUUACACUAUAUCCAUCCCACUUCAUGACCCACUUUCAUUUGUUGCCAAAACCCCCAUAGAGGUUGAAGUCACCUUUGUCAACAUUCUGUCAUCCCAACCACCUGUGCAUUUUCCUCUUUUGUAGUAUGUGAUUUCAAAACAACAUAUCUAUCUAUACACUUUCUCCAUUUGGAGGACUGGGGUAUAGGAACAAUGGAACUGAAUGCCACUUGUACUCCACAAGAAAUGCUGUAACUGGCUUUUAUUUAGCAAUGCCUAACAAACAAUAAUGACAUUUGCAAUGCUCCCUUCAACUUCCCCUUUCUUAAGAUCUUGUAACGGUUCUCUUCCUUCUUAUCCAUUCACCUCUCUUCAGUAUUCAUCUUUGUACACAGUAUGAUUUUGAAAGACCUUUGAAGUGGAUGUUCUUGUGGAUUUUUAAGUACACUUUUUCUGUUAAAUAUAUUUUCUCUGUAUAAAUGUUUGGCUACCUCGGGUUUUUUUCUUUUUGCUCUUGUUCUACCCUUAGUACCCUUUCUCCUCCCAUUUUUACAAGAAAGAUAAGAGUCAGAAAUAUUUUUGUGCCUAGACUGGAAAGAUAUCCCUUGGGUUUCUAAUUGGGAGAGGGGCAGGGAGAAGAAAGGCUGGCUGGAGUUUCUUUCCCUGUGUCUCAAGUAAAUGUUAUCUUGUGCCUCUUCCCCUUCUUACUAAGGUUCUGCAGUGCUCUUGCAUUUCUUCUCUUCUAGCACAAACAUAGCAUCCAAACUGGUGACUGAGUAGUGGUUAAAAGAAAUGUGAAGUAGAAGCUCUGUUUCUUUAAAUAUAUGCAAAUUCCCGACUCCCCUUCUCUCAAAUGGCCUAGGUCAAAGUAAGGAGCUUCCUGUGUGGAAGCAGAAAGAGGAGCAAGCAAAACAGACUGCCUUGCGGUUGUAACAUGAUGAACAGGAAAAAUCAACUUUGUGUGUUUUUCUUCUGUUGUUAAAAUAAAGCCACUUCUUGACUACUUGUCUUUUAAAAAAAAAGGAAGAAUAAGACAGAUCAGAAGAUGGCAAAAGUGAUCUGGGGGAGGGAAGAAGGGGCAGCUGUGCAGAAUUUUCAGUCCUCCACAGUCGCAGGUCCUGGAACUCAAGACAGGCCCAGAUCCACAAGCUCAUCAUGGAAUAAAUGUACUGUUUGUGAAUUUGUAUAAAAUUAAAAGAUCCUCUUAAAACAUUUUAUAUUCUUACAGUAAAAGGUUAAACUGAUAUUUAUAUAAUAAAAGAGGAAAUAUGAAGUAUGUUUUUGAAAAAAAGUUGCACCUGUCUUAUCUUUGUCUUUUCAAGGUAGUUGUAUUUAAUCUGAAGUGGUGGGAAGAGAGACACUACGGAGCUGUUGCUGUCAAUGUUGUUUGGUCCAAAAAAAUCAAAAGAAUUGGAAGGCUUUGUCCUUUCGGGGCAGGAGGCGAAACAAGUUCAAAAUAAAAAGUUUUCGGGUUUCAUUUAGAAAGAUUUGUAAGAAACUAUAAAUUAUCCUACUCUGUGCAAUUAGUAACUGAACCGGAUCAGUAAAACUUAUUGGUGCUUAUGAUCACUACUUUGACAAGAGUUUUUAAAAGAAUGAUUUUACAGAGACUUUUAUUAUCUGACAGUGUUAAAAGUUCAAAAUGCAGUUUCUGAGUUAGCACAUAAGAAAGUUAAGUACUGAAUGCCUGAAAAUUAUGUUUACAAUUUCACUUGUAUUUAGAACUUAAAUUAUAAAAAUGUUUUGGGCACCCAGAACAUUAUUAGAGACAGAAAUGGAGAAAGGAUGAAACCAUGCAUGCCUUCCAGGGUUUUAGAUAAACGUGAAAGUCAGAUCUGGAUGUCAAAAAUAGUCUAAGCUAGAGGGAUAAAUAAGGUUUUUUUUCAUCUUUGACUUUUGCCCUGACAGUGAUCUUUCUAAAAACUUCUUUAUUGGUUUUUCGGGGGGGGGGGGGGUGUCCAGCAGUGCUUGGAGAGAAAAGCUUUGUUUUAUGCUCAAUAAGUCAUGCAGCAUGGCUUUCGUUCCCCUUUUCGUAUGGGGGGAAGCAGCAGAGAGAAUGUGAAAUGGUGGAAGGAGCUGAAACCAUUGUUCAGGAAAGUUAAAAGAGGAGCUGUCCUUGCUUGCUUGCUUGCUUGCUUGCUUGCUUGUUCAGUCAUGCAUACUGAAUCUUUCUGUGUCAGGGUCCCUAUGGAAGGGAGGAGGGGUGUUUCGUUCCCUCUUUUUAACAUUCCUCUCCAGGCCUGGCUGUAUUUAAGCUGCUUUUCCUCCAUGUGGAGGGCGGGCAAAGGGGGGAUGGUCUGGAGUUUCUGUGCAUUUGCAUUUCAAGCACUUCCAGGGUUGCAGAAAAGCUACUCUUUGCCAUUCAAAGGGUUCUUGGAAUUAGUCUUUAGUGGUAAACUAUCUCUAACAACUCACAAUAAAAAACAAGUGCUUCCUCAACUAGGUUAUGCUUGCAUUGAUCCCCCCCCCCUUCAGUACCUAAAAGUAAUGGCUCUGCACCCUCUUGUUCUAACAUAAGAAAAGUUCUUCUCCUUCAGAGACUGGGGUUGGGUGAGGAAGAAACUACUACCCUUAGGUUUCUUCUUCAGAUUAAGGUUUUACUGGACCUGCACUGUUCCCUCAAGAGGAAACCAGCACCUAAGCUGUUAUUGCUGCUUUUAUUUAAAACCUUUCAUGCUUUCUGCUGGGAGCUGGAUACAAAAGCUGCAUUGUUCUCAUUGGCAAAAGCCAGUACAAUUGGAUCUAAUUGAGCCUGACACUACAUCCAUCUUCUUUUACUUGGAGGGAGGUGUAAGGUCUGUUUCUGUGUCUCCCUUCUCCUUCCCCACCUUGGCCUUUAAAAAUUAUAGUCGGGUUCAUGGGUUAAGAGAUUAUGAACCCUAUUAAAACAAGAGUGAUUGACAAAGUUAAUGGUAGACACUACACUGGCAAAUGUUGUGAGCGCCAACCAGGAAUACAUCCUCUAUUCAACCACAUGAUAUAAAUAUAAUAAUGUAAACAAUAUUUUUUUUCAUUGCUCUUGUACAGUGCUAUUUAUAUCUUGGUUGACUCCAUAGGUACUAUUAAAAAAAGAAAAAUAUGCAGGAAUUCAAGCUUUCUUGAUAUUUGAUAUUACAGUAUUAAGAAGCAUCACCCACAGUGGAUUGCCCUUAAUUCAUCACCACCGCAGAAGAGUUUAAAAUUAUGUUUUUAUAUACUGUAGAAUACACCCCCAUAGAUCACAAUUUGCACCAAUAAUUCUGACUUGAACCAUACCUGUUACCAGUGAAAGAGUGGACUUAUACAAAAGCACCCAAUAAGUUAUGCCUAAGUAGCAGUUUGAAUCUAGGUCUCACAAGCUCAAAAGACAUGAUUUCUAGUUACCAAAGAGCCACAAUAUUUUUCUGAAUAGCUGAAGUCAAACCCAUUUAUUCUAGAAACUAGGUUGGGGCAUGUAUCACCUGUCCAUGUACAGUGACCCUGUGAAUUUCAUCGGGUUUUCUUAAGGAAGGGGUACUCCGUGUAUAUUCAUUCCUAACUCGCACAAUGAGCCCCCUGCACAUCAGUACACAGUUCCUUUUGGUCACACAUAACAUACUUUCUACAUUGAGGAGCUACCAACUCUUUCUGAUUCCAUCUUGGAAUCAGAAGCCAUUCCUUCCUCUCACGAAAAGCAGUGUUCCACGUUUCUAAAAGGUACUGAAUAAAUACGUAACCAGGUAAAAAUA